GCUAGCCGCCAUUCAGAUGAUCGCAAAUGGUUACACGGCUUUCCUCAGUGGAGACGGCACGUACAUCAAGAACGCAGAAGGCACUCCUCUGUUCAGAGACGCACAUGGUGGUGUGGUGACUAAUACUGGAGAGUCUGUGCCUGCAGGCUCGCCCGCAUACGAUGAUGCUGGCAACCAAAUACCCGCCUUUGAUGCCAGCGGAUUGCCUAUGGUGGAUUCUAAGGAACAACUCGUUUACGCCGAUGUCUACGGAACCCCAAU